AUCAUCGCCCCAUGUGCCCGGAGACGUCAGAGCGGUAGUAGCAGGGGGCAGAACUCUUGCUCCUCACUUUUUAUGUAGGCCUACUCGGCCGCGGAGGACGUCAGGGAGGCGAGCUCAGUGUCUCUCCGCUAACGGACCAGCGGACGAGGACUGUAGGGGCGGCUGACGGUACCGGGACGCGGCGUGAGGAGGGUGCUUCGUGUCGGUGUCUCAUUUGCAGAUUUCAGUGUUCCUGUUGUGGACCUUCACCUCAAUUUUGCGUUCCAUGGAUUGCUUUUGACCACAAUAAUAUAGUGGAUUUAUUUUAACUAUUUAAAACAUUUAACGCAACUUUUCCUUCUGUAUUCGGCGACUGUGUGACGGAUACCAACGAAAGGUUCUUUGGCGGACAUGGACAUCAACAACAACUCACCGUGCAACUCAACGACAAGUGCAGCGCUACGGUCGUCGUCAGGAGGUUGAACCCUACCGGCAGAACCGGGAGGUUCCCUCAUCCUAACGGAGGACUGGGCUGGAGCAUGGAGCGCUCCUGAGCACCUCGACCUUCUACUUCAGUCUGGUAGUGAACCACAGGCACCAUGAUCUCGGAGGAGAGGAGCAGUUACUUAUCCAAACAAGCCCUGAACUUCCCGGUGGGCUUGUUGAUCGGCUCUCCGAAGAGGAAGCUGGCCAAACUGGGGAGGAAACCAAGCAAUGGUUCUUUACAGUCCAACCACUCGGACGUCACGGUGCGCUCCGCCGAGGGAGCGGGCGUCAGGCAGCCGGCCAAGAGUAAGAUACGGCGGCACAACAACCGUCUGUCCACCGUAUUCACCCGGAGUCCCAGCCCGGGGGACGGACCAAGGGCCGCGGGGCGGAGGGCUGCGGCGGGGGAGGGGCUGGCCCAGGACGACCCGGCGGAACUGUCCAGUCAGAUGUCUGCCCCAGGCAUCCUGAAGGUCUUCGGCAGUGACAUCUGCCAGGGGACGCACUACAAGAGCGUGCUGGCCACCGUGCACUCCAGCGCCAAAGAGCUGGUGAAGGAGGCUCUGGAGAGGUACUGUCUGGAGAAGGAGGACCCCAGCCACUACCUGCUGUGCGACGUGAUUGGCCAGACGGGGGCGGACCACCAGUGGAGGAGGGAGUGUUUCCGGGUGGUGGGCGACCAGGAGCGCCCCCUGGUGCUGCAGUCCCUCUGGAAGCCCAAGGACGGAUUCUCCCGCCGCUUCGAGAUCCAGAGGAGGGGCAGCGUGGAGGAGCAGCGGGCGCAGGACACGGACACCGUCACCGCAGGCCUCAACGCCCAGGCCCGCCGGCUGACGCAGCGGGGUCGGGCCCGGGUCACCUCCCUGUUCCUGGAGGGCGGCGGGGCCGCUGACCCGGGCCUCUGGAGGAGCCUGAGCGAGAUGGACCUGCUCUCGGGGGGCCGGGCCCCACAGACCCCCCUCAGCGAGGACCCCGAGGCGGAGGCAGACAAGGAGGUGCAGCGCCGGCUGGGGGUGGAGAAGGAGGAGACGGAGAGCAGCGACGACUGCUCCACCCAGUUCUCCGUCCACCCGCCCUUCGACUUCCCCUACUUCCUGCUUCUCCAGGGCUACAGCCACAAGCAGGACUUCGUGGUGUACCUGCUGAGCGGGGGCUCCACGGUGUUCGGCCGCUCCGUGGAGCCGCUCAGCGCGGAGGACGAGGAGCGGCAGCAGGUGGACAUCGUGCUCUCCGCCCCCGACGUUGCCCCCCAGCACUGCUGCGUGCGCCGCCUGGAGCCGGCGGGGGGGGCCUCCCAGACCCUGACCCUGCUCAGGCCCCUCCACGGCGCGGCCGUCACCCGGAACGGCGCCCCGCUGGGGGGGGAGGUGGCGCUGGCCCCGGGGGACCUGGUGGGGCUGGGGGGACACUAUCUCUUCAUGUUCAAGGACCCCACCCGCCCGGCCGGCGACGCCCGGACCCCGGCCUGGAUGGCCCGGCUCCGCCCGGAGGAGGCGGGGCGGCCGGUGUCCUCCUGCCUCUCCUGCGGCUCCUCCUUCGCCCAGGGGGCCGGCCGGACGCCCCCCCGGAGGCCCCCCUGCUGGCGGGACCCGGACGGCUCGGUGGCCUCGCUGGUCUACGACCUGGGGCAGGAGGACCGGGUCUUGCAGGAGGUCCUGGCCCUGGUGGACCCCGGCGGCCCCGAGCCCAAGCUGACCCCGGCCUUCCUGCUGAGCCUGUGCAUCCAGCACGCGGCCGCCAGCUUCCAGCCCGCCCACUUCCGGAGGCUUCUGCUGCGGAUCGCCUGCCAGAUCCAGCUGGUGAUGUGGGAGAAGACGAAGGAGCUUGCAGCCACGCAACCAGACACCCAUGACGACUGUGAACAGACUUUAAUAACCCCAAGCCCCAAUACACCGUGGGGGUCUGAGUGCCGUGUUGCUGAGGCUGUGUCCCCCCCCAGGGGCCCCUGGGACGGGGCGGAGGUAGAGGCGGGGGCCGGGCUGCUGAGCAUGGAGCAGCUGGGCCCCGGGCUGGGGCCCCUGCUGCUCUGGAUGGCCAACGCCAUCGAGCUGCUGCACUUCAUCCAGCGGCAGGUCCCCGGGCUGCUGCCCCCCCGCAGGCCGGGCCGGGAGGACCAGGGGCCCCCAGAGGACCAGGGGCCCACAGAGGACCAGGGGCCCCCAGAGGACCAGGGCUACGGGGCGGAGCUGGCGGCCACGCGGGCAGCCUGCGAGGAGGCCAUGACGGUCCUGGAGGAGGUCAUCAUGUUCACCUUCCAGCAGUCCGUCUACUACCUGACCAAGAGCAUGUACUGCGCUCUACCUGGGCUGCUGGACGGGAACCCGUUCUCUGAGAGCGUUCAGCUCCGGGUCCCGGGCGGGGUCCGGGUGAUCCUGGGCGUCCUGUCGGAGACCCUGAAGCUGCUCAAGGUCUUCCUGGUCCACCCGGACAUCUCGCGGCAGCUGUGUGCUUACCUCUUCUACUUCAUCAACGCCUCAAUCUUCAACGCCCUCAUGGAGAGAGGUUCCGGAGGCGGGUUCUACCAGUGGUCGCGGGGGGUCCAGAUCAGGGCCAACCUGGACCUGCUCAUGGACUGGGUCCAGAGCGCGGGGCUGGGAGACCUGGCGCUGGAAUUCUUCAGGAAGCUGUCAGCUGCCGUCAACGUCCUGGCCACGCCCAAAGAGAACCUCCUCCAGGCCUCCUGGAGCUCUCUGCGGGGGGAGUUCUCCGCCCUGAACCCCGCCCAGCUGCACCACAUGCUGAGGGAGUACAACUCAGGGAGGCCCCCCCCUCCCGGCUGGAGCCCCCCCCCCGACGAGGCCGGGGACGCGCUCAGGACGGCUGACAUAUUGGAGAGUUUUGAGGACCACCCCCCCCUGGUCCUGCCCAGCGGGUCCUUCCACCUGGAGCUGGGAGGGCCCCCUCUGGAGCAGGGCCUCUUCCUGCAGCUCCAGCGCCUGCAGGACCUCCUCCAGGGGCCCUCUGAGACCCGGGCCUCGGGCCCUCCCACACGGCAGGAGACCCGACAAGAGGAGGACCAACAGGAUGUCACCACGCCUGACCCCCCCUCCCGGGCGGAGAGGCCCCCCCCAGGCGGGGCGGACCCCCGCGGGGAGCUGAGCGGCGGCGAGGCGCGGCUGACCCAGAAGCUGCGGAGCCUGGAGCUGCAGGACGGGCUGCCGGGCGGGGCCGGCCUGGGCUGCCACAAGGGCCUGGCCCUGGACCCCUCCUGCCUGCUGACGCCCCCCAACACGCCCCAGGACCCGGAGCUCCGGCCGGGGCCGACCCGGCCGACCGCAGGUGUAGGCGUGAUGGAGGAGUCGGACCACACGGAGAAUGAUGAAGAUGAAGAGGAUGAAGAUGAGGUGUUCACCGUGGAGCUCAACCGAGGCCCACAUGGUCUGGGCAUGGCUCUGGUGGACGGACUGAGAACCCCUCUGAGGUCCAGCGGGGUCUACGUGAAGUCGGUGGUCCCGGGCUCCCCAGCGGCCCGCUGUCUGAAGCUCCGGCCCGGACACCGAAUCCUGGCUGUCAACGGCGUCAGUCUGGUGGGCAUGGAGUACCCCACUGGCAGGGAGCGCAUCCGGUCAGCAGGAAACAACCUCAGAUUGCUGGUGGCCACCGACCACUCCAGGAGGUCCAGCGAGGACACCAUGAUCACCAAGUGCUGAGGGCUGGGACCACGAGGUGGUGGUGCUGGUGGUGGUGGUGGUGGUGCUUGUUCUGCUCACCCUCAAGUGUUCUUGGACCCAGCAGAGGAGUGAGUGGGGGUCUCUGCAGCACGGCCCACUCCCAAAGGCUCCACGGCCGCUGUCAGAUGUUCUCCUACUCCUCACUCCGAUAUCAUCCCAGAAGGAGAGAAGGAGGAGAAGAUCUCAGCAGCUGGGAAGGAAGGAACAAAGGGAGGGAGGGAGGGAGGACGGUGGUUCGCCUGAGGUCCUCAGCUCUGUUUUCCUGGAAGCUUUUCCCUGUAUUGUAUGUUUUCCAUGAAGCUGACUGGGUAGGGUUAGGCUAAGGGUAACCCUAACCUAACCCUAACCCUUUCACUGUAUUGUAUGUUUUCCAUGAAGCUGACUGGGUAUGGAACACACGCCUCUGUGUUAGGGCCCCUGAGGAGUGAACCACUGAACCAAAGACUGAACCGCAGAGCAGGCGGCCGGGGGGUACUCAAACCAAGUCCCUAGGCGCGCGUCCGGCCGGGAAAUCAAAGGCCUCCUGACGAGCCGAGCGCUGGGCUUCCUAACCCUAAACCCAGUCUGGCCUGUUGUCACAACCUGAUCUGACCCCUGACCUAUCUAUGGAGAGAGACACAAACACAAACGCACACACACAGUACAAUCACCAAAUAUAUCUGCCAAAGAUAUUUCUAUUUAAUUGGAAGUGGGAGCCGAUCAAUCUUUAGACGUGUUUCUAAAUACCUUCUGAAGUGUCCAGGACAGCAUAUGAAGACUCAUGAGCUGUCCUUUUUGGGAGAGAGUUUGUAGAAUGAUUUUAAAAGAACAAAGCAGUGACUGAAAGACAAGAAGGGAGUGUAAACUGAAAGAGUGUAAAUCCUGGACGGUUAGGGUUAGGGUUAACCCUAACCCUAAAUCCUGGAGGUGUCUGGUUCCACAGGAGAACAGCCCUCAGCCAAUCAAACGACUGGAAUAGAAACAUCUGAACCUGGGAGAGUAAACUGGGCAUGCACCGUGACGAUUAGUUUAAGAGUUGGGGUUAGGGUUAACCCUACAACUCGUGUAUGGAUGCGGUUAUUUGAAGCGCUUCUAUGGAUGGAAAUGAAGGCCUAUUCUAAGUAUUUGUUAAAAUACUGUUAGCCUGAUACCUGAUGAGCCUCGAGGCCAUCAGAACCAUCACAGACACAUGGAUGUUUAAACAAAGCGUCUACAGCAGCCAAAGCCAAGCAAGAAACCCGUUGGACCCUUUAAUAUCCAAGAAAGGCCGAAAUAUUGGACUGUAUUUAUCUGUAACAAGCGGUUUAACGCCAUACUCUGUCAUCGUGAAGUCUGUCAUUAUCUUUCCAUUUUGUAAUAUUUAUAUCGCUCCAUAGUGUAUUAUUUUUUUAAACAUACUGAAUAAAUUCUGUCUUUGGAGCUCAUUCCAAA